CCUCUCGGUCCAGCCUCUCACGGACCCUGCCCCCGGCCCGUGACCCUGCCCACUGUGCCCCUGUCCCGCGCCCUCCUGCCCAGGUGUACAUCCGCAGCACCGACUUCGACCGCACGCUGGAGAGCGCGCAGGCCAUCCUGGCCGGGCUCUUCCCCGAGGCGUCCCCGAGGAGCUCCGAGACCGACUGGAGGCCCAUCCCGGUGCACACGGUGCCCGUGGCCGAGGACAAGCUGCUGAGGUUCCCCAUGCGCAGCUGUCCCCGGUACCAGGAGCUGCUGCGGGAGUCCACGGAGGCAGCCGAGUACCAGGAGGCCCUGGAGGGCUGGACGGGCUUCCUGAGCCGCCUGAGCAACUUCACGGGGCUGACGCUGGUGGGGGAGCCACUCCGCAAGGCCUGGAAGGUUCUGGACACACUGAUCUGCCAGCGAGCCCACGGCCUCCCCCUCCCGCCCUGGGCCUCCACGGAUGUCCUGAGGACACUUGGCCAGAUCUCGGCUUUGGAUAUCAGGGCUCACGUGGGGCCGCCCCGCGCGGCUGAGAAGGCCCAGCUGACUGGGGGGAUUCUGCUGGACGCCAUCCUGGCCAACUUCUCCCGGGUCCAGAGCCUGGGGCUGCCUCUCAAGAUGGUCAUGUACUCUGCUCACGACAGCACCCUUCUGGCCCUGUACGGGGCCCUGGGCCUCUAUGACGGGCACACCCCACCAUACGCUGCCUGCCUGGGCUUUGAGUUCCGGAGCCACGCUGGGGACCCAGAGGAAGAUGAAGACGGAGGGAACAUCACCAUCUCCCUCUUCUACCGCAAUGACACCAACCACCCGCCCCUGUCCCUCAGCGUCCCCGAGUGCCCGGCCCCUUGCCUGCUAGAGCGCUUCCGCCAGUUGACUGCUCCAGCCCGGCCUCCCUCCCGUGGGGCCACCUGCCAUGGCUCCCACAGGCCUGCCGCUGCCCCAGCCACCACAGUGCCGCUGCUGGCCGGAGCUGUGGCCGUGCUGGCGACUGCUGGACCAGCCCUCGGAGAGCUGGGCCCAAAGAUGGGCCAGCCCACGAGCCCCACCCUGGACCAGCAUCCCACCCGGAUGGCGCCCAGCACAGCGGAUCAGGAAGGGCACCGCACCUGCCACUUAAUGGCGCCUGUGGUGGCAGAGGCCUUGGAACCCUGUUCGUGCGGAUUCCCCUCAGCCCAGACCCCAGGCGCUGGCCAGCGGCCACAGGGGAAGCCGAGGCAACUGGAGUCCUUGGGAGGGACAGGGGGGUGUCCCCAGGCCGGCGCACCCCAAAGCACCCUCUGA